AUGUACGACGGUGGCCUCGGUUGCAGACUGACAGAGGACAGUAUUCUGACACAGCCUAACAUGUAUGCGCGAGGCAUUCUUUUUGGCAAAAUGAAAUACGAACUGGGCGACCACUCCUUUGUCCGGUGUCCGGAAAACAAUCUGAUGGCAGAUCUAGAGUUCAAGACCAAAGGAUGGGUAGGCGGUACGUACAAUGCAAUUGGCGGCACUAUCAAAAAUGAGAAGACAGGCGAGGUGCUUUACGAGCUGUCUGGAUUAUGGUCUGAAGAAAUGUUCAUCAAGGAUUACAAGACGGGCCAAAAGAAAGUGUUAUUUGAUGCAACGCAUGCCAAACAUGCCUCCCCUUUGGCUAGACCGAUAGAGGAACAAGAUGAACGAGAGUCUCAAAGAUUGUGGUUACCAACAGUCAAAGCUGUGCAUGUCAUGGACCAUGAAAAGGCCACCAUUGAAAAGGCCAAGAUCGAAGACCGACAACGAGAGGAAGCUAAGCGGAGGGAAGAACUGGGUGUGGAAUGGCAGCCCAAGUUAUUCCGACGAGUGGAUUCCGGACCCGGAGGUUCCGAGGAGGGUGAAGAUGAUUUAGAAUGGGUCAUAAAUGCCCACCUAGACCCUCAUACCCACGAGACCAAGGAGUUGGUAAACCGAAUCCUUUCGAUAGCACCCAUACUUCCGGGACAGAAACAGAAGAGCGCCUCUGAAACCCAAUCGAAACACCCCGAACCCAAAACUACAAAUGAUGGACCGGCAAAGGCACCAGCACCAGCCAUAUCAGAGGCAAAACCAGGGGCACCAGCACCUGCACCAGUGCCGACUCACCUAUCCAAGAAUGCGCACCAAAACGAUAACUUGAUCGACCUUGAUUCACGGCCACCCAGUGUGGCCCCUCCAGAACCAGCCAACAAAGUGGAUCCCAUCGCCGGCAAUAUAUUACACGAUACCAAGGAUCCAAAACCAACUCCAUUACAUCAAAAUACAGCAUUGAACGCACCUGUUGGCAACGCUCCAAAGACAGCAAAUCUAAUGGAUGAUGACGACCACUUGUCGGGCGUGAACAAUCAGGUGUCUAACCUGAGUCUACAACAGCCCAUGGUUCCUCAAGGGAGAAGGCCAUUGCAGAGAAUGGACACAGAUACGAGUGAAGUCGAUGUUUUUGUAGAUGCUGAAAGCUGA